GCUGGGGGCAGCGGCUUGUGGCGGUCGGUUCCGCGUUCUGAGCCCGGUGCUUGCGGUGUGGGAUCCCGGGGCCUCUCCUCUGCGUGGUCGCGGCUCGCGUUACUCCUGGCGGUGGCGGCAAGCCAUGGCGGCAGCCCUGGAGGAGCUACAGAAAGACCUGGAAGAAGUGAAGGAGUUGCUGGGAAAGGCCACUAGGAAAAGAGUCCGUGAUGUCCUAACAGCAGAAAAGUCCAAGUUAGAGACAGAAAUCAAGCACAAGACAAAGCAGAAUGGACAGGAGAAAGGAGAAACUAUUGAUAAUGAGAAACCAGCGGCUGUGGUUGCCCCCAUUUCAGUUGGGUACACAGUGAAAAUCAACAAUUAUGGAUGGGAUCAAUCAGAUAAAUAUGUGAAAAUCUACAUCACCUUAAAUGGUGUUCAGCAAGUCCCCCCUGAGAAUGUACAGGUGCAGUUCAAAGAGAGGUCAUUUGAAGUUCUUGUAAAGAAUCUUAAUGGGAAAAACUACUCUAUGACCGUCAACAACCUCUUGAAGCCCAUCUGUGUAGAAGGUAGUUUAAGAAAGAUUAAGACUGAUACAGUUCUUGUACUGUGCAAAAAGAAGCAGGAACAGAAAUGGGAUUACCUGACCCAGGUGGAGAAAGAAUGCAAAGAGAAGGAAAAAUCUUCCUUUGAUAAUGACACAGAUCCUAGUGAGGGGCUGAUGAAUGUUUUGAAGAAAAUUUAUGAAGAUGGAGAUGAUGAAAUGAAGAGAACUAUUAAUAAAGCCUGGGUAGAGUCAAGGGAGAAACAAGCCAAAGGAGAGAGUGAAUUUUGAGACAAAAAGUCCUUUCAGCCACCAAUGUGGAAAUAUCCUUUCCAAAAAGGAACUGUUGCUGAGCUGCACAGAUGAAUUUGACAAGUAUAUUGUUUACACAGCCUUCUUCCAAGCAAAGACCGUGAACUCUUUCCAUUUCAUGCUGGAGGAUUUAUUUAAAAUAAAAUAUGCUUAUUUUAAAACACUUCUUUCAAGGAAGGUUGCCUUAGUGCCCUGGUUCUGUGUGCAAGAAAGGGUCAUUGUUUCCUUACUUCAAUGUCAAAAAAAGUCUUGCUAAUUAAAAAGCUAUAUAUUCCUUA